UGAGGUUGCUAGGAGGCCUAGGCGCGUCCAUUGAACUGCGUAAUGGAGAAAGUCCCAGAAGAUUAUGAUUCUAGUCCUGAUGAAAAUGAGAAGUCAAAGCCUGAGAGGCCUGAACUUCGUAAAUUGUCUGAAAAUGCCGAACCAGACACCAAGACAGAGGCAGGCUACGAGCUAUCCCCAGAAAAUGACCAAGUGCCACAGCCACUAGAAACUGAGAAAGAGGAAGAGUCAGAGAUUGCAAAGAAUGUGCAGCCAAAACCAACCUGGACGUCUGAGGAAGAAAUUCCUAAGGAGAUCGAGGUAGAGCCAUCUAGCCAGACUGAUUUAGGGAUUCCCCAAGUGUUAAAGUCAGAGUCAUUGGGAGAGAUGGGAGACGAGCUUUACAAGGAUUUAGAGGCACCAGACCUAGAGCCACAAGAGGAGGCUAAAUCAGAUGUUACAGAGGAUGUACUCACAGAAUCAGCUUCAGAAACAGAUAUACAGUUACCAGCGGAAACCAAGUCUGAGGUUCCGGGGACCACAAUCAAUAUGACAGGAUUAGAGUUACUAAAGGAGUCUGAACAGGAGGUUCCAGAGGAAUCACUUAGAGAGCAGAAGAAGGAAACAGAUCUAGAGCCUCCAGAGCAGUCCAAACUAGAUUUUUCAAAUGAGAAACCAAAGAAAUCAAUUGAAGAGACAGAUCUACAGCCAACAAAGAUGACCAAACCAGAGAUUCCAGAGGAGACACAAAGAAAGUCAACUGAGCAGUCUAAACCAGAGUUUCCAGACCAGAAAUCAAGAAAGUCUACUGAGGAAGCAGAUCUAAAACCUCCAGAAGAGACUAAACUAGAGGUUCCAGAGGAGAUACAACAAAUGUCAACUGAGGAGAAAGUUCCAGAGCGACUAGAUGAGGUCAAAUCUGAGCUUCCUGAGGAAGAAUUAAGAAAAACAAUUAAUGAAACAAAUCUAAAGCCAUCAGAAAAGACCACAUCACAAGUUCCUAAGGAAACAAAAAGAAAGUCAACUGAGGAAAAGAUUCCAGAGACAGCAGAAGAGACUGGUCUAGUACUACAACAUGAGGUCAAACCAAAUGUUCAAGAGGAGACACAAAAACAGUCAAUUCGGGAAAAAGUUCUAGAACUAUCAAAGAAUACCAAACCAACAGAUCAUAAAGAGAAGCGGAGAAAAUCAAGCAAGAAUAUAGGACUUGCUCCAUCAGAGAAGUCUGAAUCAUGGGAAACACCAAGGGAGUCAACUGAGGAGAAAGGUCUAGAGCCACCAGAACAGUCUAAAUCAAAGUUUCCAAAGAAGGAACCAAGAAAAUCAAUUGAGGAAACAGGCCAAAUGCCACCAAAGAAGACCAAACCUAAAGUUCAAGACAAGACACAAAUGGAGCCAACUGAGGAGGAAAAUCUAAAGUUACCAGAUGAAAUCAAACCAAGAGAGAAACAUUCAGAAUUAUUCAAGGAAGAAGAGCCAGCACCAAUCAAAUCUAAGUAUGCUAUGGAUAAGGAUCAGCUAGAAUACCCCAAGUUUCAAACCAUUAAAGUGUCGGUAGAAGAAACUGACACAACUUUUAAAAAAGACUAUGCAUCUAGACGUCUCACACAAAGUGAAAUGGAAUCAACUAGUACAAAUUAUGAGUAUCCCUCAAAACUUCCAAAACUGCUUCAUCUUGUUGAUAUCUUAGACCUCCCAGAGACUCAGACAGGCUUAAGAAAGGCCUUUAGUGAAAAGAAAAUUAUAGAUUCAGGCCAAGAAUUGAAAGAAACAGCACCUAAAGAUAAAACAUCCCAGCCAAAAGAAAAGGAAACUGCAUUACAAUUCGAAUAUCUUAAAUGGAACCCAGAGAAUGUUGCAGAAUGGAUUAGCCAGCUAGGCUUCCCUCAAUACAAGGAGUGUUUUACCACAAAUUUCAUUAGUGGCCGAAAACUCAUCCAUGUAAAUUGCUCAAACCUCCCUCAGAUGGGGAUAACAGAUUUUGAGGACAUGAAGGUGAUUUCUCAGCAUACACGGGAGCUACUGGGAAUUGAAGAGCCAUUAUUCAGCCGCUCCAUCAGGCUUCCCCAUCGGGACAACAUUGGCCUAUUUUUAGAGCAAAAAGGUCAUACUGGGGUAAAAUCUGACUCCUUGACCUUCUCUGAAUUUGUCAAAACAAGAAGAUUAUGUGAUUAUGAUCCAGAAAUAACUGCCUCUGAAUAAGGCUGUUAACAUUGUACGUAACUAUAGAAGAAAGGUAUUUCACUCACAUUGAAAGAUCAGACAUAAUUACUUGGGAGAAGAGGUGUGGCCUUUUUUAUUUUUCUUCUCUUCUUUUUCAUUAAGGAUCAGAGUUAGAACUGCUGGCUCCAUUCCUAGGUCUUCUGUGAUUCCCAGCACCUUCCCUUUAUUUGUGUUUCAAUUUAGCCCCUCCUUAAAACAAAGAUAGCAAUUCUUCUUGGAUAAUUGUAAGAAUUCCUGAUACAUUCUAAUAAUACACCUGGGUAGUAGGAACAUGCUGGAGGAACUAUAACUAAAAAUAAAAUCUUCUAGCCCAGAUAAUCCUUUCCAUGAAUGUAGAAAAGAAGCCAUUUUAGUGCUCACCAUCUCUAGCAGUCAGAGAAAUGCAAAUCAAAACCACCCUAAGAUACCAUCU